AGCUUUGCAAUCAUGGCGGCGGAAGGGGAAAUGAACAGUAAUGGGGACCUCGGAGAGCCUUCAGCCAUGGAAGCUGCCGAGGUUUCCACGCUACCGCCUCCAGAGAUGUCAGAUGAGAACGGUUGCACAGACUCAGCCACUGAGGCUUCUGCACAGCCAGAAACUGCUUUCUUCUCAGCGCCUCCAGACACAGAGGACGAGGGCAGCGAUCUGCCAGCAGACUUUGAACGUCUUUGGAAUGCCGCACACGACAACCCUCGAGACUUCACCAGUUGGACCGACCUGUUGCAGUACUGUGAGCAAGAGGGCCACAUUGGAGCGUCACAGAGAGCCUUGAUGGAAUUUCUUGCCCGCUUUCCACUCUGUUAUGGCUAUUGGAAAAAAUUUGCUGAUUUGGAGCGUCGUGCUGGUAACAACGACAAAGCAGCGGAGGUGUGUGUUCAGGGGCUCCAGUCAAUCCCUCUGAGUGUCGAUCUGUGGAUCCACUACAUCAAUCUCCUGUUGGGAACACUGGACAUGAACCUGCCCGAGUCGCCCAAGCAUAUUCGCAGUGUGUUUGAGGACGCGGUUGUAGCAGCAGGCCUGGACUUCCAUUCAAACCGGCUAUGGGAUCUGUAUUUCGAAUGGGAGAAGGAGCAAGGAGACUUGAGGAAUGCCACAGCUGUGCUAGACAGAGUCCUCAAAGUUCCCACGCAGCACUACAACACCCACUAUGAAAAGUUCAAGGUCCACCUGAACAACAGUGACCCCAAAGAAACACUUUCUCUGGAGGAAUAUGAGGAGGUGAGGGCCUUUUGCCGUGAGAGUCAGAAAGUGGAGCGUGCUGAACAGGCCAAGGAGAAGGGCGAAGAGAGGCCGCCUGGAGAGGAAGAGCCUGCCACACCUGAGGGCACAGAUUCGGAGGAGCUGAUGCAGAGGAUGAGAGAACAGGUGUUGGUCCGGAGGGAGAAAAUUUACCAGGAGAACGAAAAUGAAGUCCGCAAGAGAUGGAACUUUGAAGAUACGAUCAAACGUCCUUACUUCCAUGUGAAGCCGCUUGAUCAAACCCAGCUGCGUGGCUGGCACGCCUACCUGGACUGGGAGGUCGCCCAACUGAAGAAAGACACUCAAGACCAUAACAAAGACUCAAACAAGACAGACGCAGAUGUCAAAGAGGACCCAGAGGUGACAGCACAGCCUCAGCGAGAGAUGGAGGAAACCAAGGUUUUCUGUGAUGACCACAGAGUUCGUUUUCUCUUCGAGCGCUGUCUGAUCGCCUGUGCUCUCUAUGAGGAAUUCUGGACCAGGUAUAUUCAGUACCUGGAGACCUGCAGUGUGGAUGAGGUUCGGGCUGUCUACAAGCGAGCCUGUGACAUCCACCUGCCUUCAACACCUAACAUUCACAUGCAGAGGGCCACCUUCGAGGAAAGACACGGUGACCUGGCCGAGGCUCGGCGAGUGUUAGAGGCUCUUGAUAAAAACAUGCCAGGUUUGGCCGUGGUUCGUCUACGCAGGGCCGCUUUGGAGAGGAGGGCGGGCCAACUUGAGCAGUCUGAAGCGUUGCUGCAGGAGGCGGUGACACAAUCGAAAGAGAAGCCUACAUUGCACGCAUUCUACUCCAUCAAGCUUGCUCGUCUGUUCCUGAAGCUUGGCAGAAACCCAAGCAGAGCUCGGAGGGUUUUACAGGAAGCACUGGAGAUUAGUCCAGAUAAUGACAAACUGCACCUGAACCUGCUGGAAGUGGAGCUAUCAGCUGAGACCUGGUCCUCAGCCGAGGCGGUGCAGCAGUGCGUGACACGAGCCCUGGAGGCGCCUCUCACACCGCACACCAAAAUCCUCUUAUCACAGCGCGGCCUCCAGUUUGUGGAAGAGUACAGCAACUCUAUCCAGAGUGUGCUGUCUGUCUAUGAAGCGCACCAGAAGCUGAUCAAGGAGCUGGGCGGGACGAAGAGAGAAGCCGAAAGCGGAGACGAGGGCCGAGAGAAGCUGAGCAAAGGUGAUGGUGGCUCAGCAAAUGGCGCAUCAGAACAAGUCCCACCCACUGAUCCUCAGGUCCCAAUCACUAUGCCGCCUCCCCCGCCGAUGAGCAUUGACGCGGGUGCCCAGUCCGGUGGAUAUGGCGGAUACAGCAGCUGGUAUCAGCAACCACAGUACAGCAGUUAUGGCUACCAGAACACCUGGAACUACAACCAGGGAUACUAUCCACCCAGCUAAAAUUAAAGAACUGAGCGGGGCACCGGGACUAAAAACUGAAACAGCAAGUCCUCUCAAGUUUGAUCCCGCGGAUUCUCGCAAAAUAUCUCCCACCAUCUUUUUCUCACUGUCCUGCCUCCUGACUUUCCUCGCUGUCGUCGUUGACGACAAAGGUGCUCGGGUCAUCACACGCCCCAUUUGGUCUGUGUAGGAAGGUGACGAUAUGAAACGGACAUGAGUGCAUUGCUCGCUAGACCUCGUCGCUCUUUUAAGCAGAACUAUUUUUGUAUUUGUCCAUAGACUUUCAUUUUUGUUUAUCUAACUUCGCUGGCCAUAUAUUACGGGGGAUUUUGUGCCAAGCAUGCAAAGUUUUUUUUUUUUUUUUUUUUCCCCUCCUACUGUACAUAAAAAAAAAAAAAGUUUUAUAGUGUCUUAUGGUUCUGCAUAUGUUUUGAUUUUUCGAAAUCUCAUUUGAGGCUGAGAUGCAUUUGACCUUAUUCACAUGCGGUGUUUUGAAGAAAAUAUUUUUUUCAGUUGUGUGCAUCUGACAUGCUCAACCCACCUUUUCCCAACACAUCAAAUGAGCGGCAAGAUGAAAGACAAAGUGCAGCACAGCAAUUCUCCAAGUCAGCUUUAUUUAAAGUCAAUUCUUGAAGUCAAAUAUGCAGACAUACUUGUCAAUAUAUUCUGACUUAUAAAAACUGGCAAAGUAGAAUCUCACAAAAUCAGUAAAUUGUGAACUCAUUUUAAGGCCCUUUUAAAUAAGCAAGUGAAGAUAGUUUACCAUGGAAGAAUCUGGUUGACCUUUUUGACACCAAUCCGAUGCCAACUAGCUUUACUAUGUACAUCUUUAAUCACUGCAUCCAAAACAAACAUCCAGUGAAAUCAACCAGCCAAACAACCAGUUUUCUUUGACGCCUUUGCUGAUAUGACCGAUAACAUAAAUUUAACCUUCAUCGUUAGUCCAGUACACUGACUGACAGAUUGAAACUAAAGCCUUGGUGUACCGUUCAGUCUAUUUCUUCCGGAAAUGUAGUAGAGGUGGUGAGGUAGGCUCAGGAAGCAGAUUGCUCUCCCUAAACUCACUUACUUUUUGGUAACAACCAGCACAGCUGAAGGCACCAAGCCUAAGCAGAGAGGAAUCAAGGGGAAAGGGAUUAGAAACAGCCGAGUUGGAAUGAACGGAGUAAUGUGCAGCAGAACAGCAAUAUGUAUCAAUGUGUCUCACCCAGCUCUUUGAGGGGCUUCUCCAUAUCCAUAUCAGUGUAGACGUGGCGGGGGUAAGGGGACAGCAGCGUAAAGUCCUGACCCUCCGGCGUGUUGCCGUUCACCUGCACGUAGACGCGUACCGCCGCCAGCGGCUCCUGGGCCUUAAACACCGCCGUGAUGGUGGACCCAUCAAGCAGACGCACCUAUUGUUAACACGGAACAAGUGGGAAGUGAAUUCGCUGUUCUCUUAUGAGCGGAACGGCAAAAUUCACAACAGGUGUUUGAUCAAUUAAAAUUUCUACGGAUGUCCACCGUUUUGCCUUUCUUGACUAUCACACUCUCUGUUGCAACCUGAUGAUUACACCCUGUGACACUCUAAACUCAGUGGCCACUUCACUGAGAAAAUCCUGUUUAAAGCCUCCCAAUGGCGACGUACUGUUGAUCAAUUGUUAGGUAUUGUAUUGGUCUCGUGAACGGCGUGAUGAAGAGGACUGUUGAAAUAUCAAUUCCAAUUGAACUGGGAAAUUUAUUGGUCCAUUCAUGGACCAAACAAAAGUUCAGAGGAGGCUAAAUUCUCCCAUAAUGAGUGGACCCCAGCAUACAAGCAGUUUGGCAAAGGCAGAUUCUCUCUCCCACUCCCCCAAUUUUUCAAUAUUUCUUUGUUUUUCUUU